UCAAGCCUAAGAGCAUUAUUUGUUAGAGCGCUUUUCUCAAAAUUAUUUCAGUUGCCGAGGUCGUGCUUGCAUUUUAUAAGCCGAUGAGCCGCUGAGGUUCAAGCGCGCGCCUCGUGCUGGGCAUCCUCUGCCAUCUAGGGUUUUAGAGCGGGCGGCCUCCAACUUCUUGUGUUUAUACCAACGAAAGCUCUAACCCUAAUAUCGCCGUAAUCAUGGACCGAUACCAGAGAGUCGAGAAACCGAGACCUGAGUCCGCCAUUAAUGAGAACGAGAUCCGGAUCACUAGCCAGGGUCUCAUUCGCAACUACAUCAGCUACGCAACCAGCCUUCUUCAGGAAAAACGGGUGAGGGAAAUUGUGCUGAAAGCAAUGGGACAGGCAAUUAACAAGGCUGUAGCACUUGCCGAGAUCUUAAAGAAUAGGAUUCCUGGUCUGCAUCAAGAUUCUAGCAUCGGUUCAGUCAGCAUUACUGAUGUUUGGGAACCAAUUGAGGAGGGACUUGUACCGUUGGAGAUGACACGGCAUGUUUCAAUGAUUUCAAUUUCUCUGUCAACAAGACCGCUGAACAAGAAUUCCCCUGGGUACCAGACUCCAUCACAUGUAGUGCAGCCGAAGAUACAAAAAUAUCAACAGCCACAGCAAUAUCAGCAACAACAUAUACCAAGACAACCACCAGCUCAGUAUAAUGAUGAUUCAUAUGGUCGAGGGCGUGGUCGAGGUAGAGGAAGAGGAAGGAGCUGGGGCAGAGGUGGUUAUGCUGGCUAUGGUAAUCAUGGAGGAUAUGGAGGUUAUGGAGCAUAUGAAGGAUAUGGAGGAUAUGGAGGAUAUGGAAAUUAUCAAGAAAAUGGUGGAUGGAAUUAUAACUGGAAUCAAGGCGGUGGUCGUGGUCGAGGAAGCUGGGGUCAUCGUGUUGGUGGUUAUGAACGAGGAAGAGGAGGCGGAGGGAGAGGCUAUGGCCGAGGAAGGGGCAGGAUGGGCAGCCGCGGGAGAGGAAAUCAAGCUUAGCAAGAAUGUGGUGAUGGGAUCUCUUUUCCAGAGCGUGCUUUCUUUCUUAUAUGGGCAGUGAAAGGUUGAUCUUAGUGUUUCUUCUAGUCGUGAUGUUGUGAGGCAUGGCUAUUAUUGCUUUAGGAUGGUUAUGCUCUCUUUCUAUUGUAAGUUCUUUUCCUUGGUUGCCAAGUUUAUGAGCAUGCUGUAGUGCUUUCGUCUUUAUAAUUCCCCAUCAUCACCUUUUAAAGGUUUUUAGAUACGUGUAUCUAAUACUCAAUUUUUCAAUGUAUAUUGAAAAAAAAAAAUCUUAUUUUACCUGCAA